UGUUUUUACAGUUCUACUUCCAGCUCUAGUGCGUCACUUUGUUAAUCAAAAUAUUAGAAAAAAUAAAAUUUAGGCUUUGCAUUUGCAGCAAGUGGUCUGCAAAGAGUGUAAAUUGACGCUUAAUUCAUCCGGUAUUCGGGAGGUGUAAAAACGGCGAUGCGAAAAACGGUGACACGCGGAGUUUUUUGUUCUUAAAUUUUCGUACUUACGGCAGCCACUCGCAUACACACAUAUACACGCGGGCGCACACACAAUCGCAGCUCAUCCACAGGCACGAAAACGAACGGAGAGGCGGCUGUGAAGCAGAGCGAAGAAGGAAAGCAAAGAAGUAGAACGAGUGGAGAGAAGGAGGCGGCAGAAGGCGAAGAAGACCAUCAACUUAAAAUUUGCGAGGCUCCUUGGGACACAGGCGAGUCUACUUGGCGCAGCGAACGAAUUACACCCGCCCGGCACACAGCACACAGCAUGUUCAGUAGACAUGGGCGGAUUCCUGGAUAAGCCGAAAACCGCCAAGCACAAUGACCAGGGCGAGGGCAAUAAGCUGCUCUUCGGCGUCAGCUCGAUGCAGGGCUGGCGCUGUGAGAUGGAGGAUGCCUAUUAUGCGCGCGCCGGUCUCGGAGAUUCGCUCCAGGAUUGGAGCUUCUUCGCUGUAUUCGACGGCCAUGCCGGCUGCAAGGUGUCCGAGCAUUGUGCUAAGCAUCUGCUGGACAGCAUCGUUAGCACCGAGGAGUUCAUUAGCGGCGAUCACGUGAAGGGCAUACGCACGGGCUUCCUGCGCAUUGAUGAGGUGAUGCGAGAUUUGCCAGAGUUCACAAAGGAUCAAGAGAAAUGCGGCGGCACCACAGCCGUCUGCGCCUUUGUCAGUCCCACCCAAGUGUAUAUCGCCAAUUGCGGGGAUUCCCGUGCCGUUCUCUGUCGCCAAGGAGUUCCGGUCUUCGCCACGCAGGACCACAAGCCCAUUCUGCCUGAGGAAAAGGAGCGCAUUCACAAUGCCGGUGGCAGUGUUAUGAUCAAGCGGGUGAACGGCACGCUGGCCGUCUCGAGAGCUUUGGGCGAUUACGACUUUAAGAACGUCAAGGAGAAGGGCCAGUGCGAGCAGCUGGUAUCCCCGGAACCGGAGAUCUUCUGCCAGAGCCGCCAGGAUAGCGAUGAGUUUCUGGUCCUCGCCUGUGAUGGCAUCUGGGAUGUAAUGACCAACGAGGAUGUGUGCAGCUUCAUUCAUUCGCGAAUGCGUGUGACCAGUGACCUGGUGAGCAUUGCCAAUCAGGUCGUGGACACUUGUUUGCACAAGGGCAGUCGGGAUAACAUGAGCAUCAUCAUCAUCGCCUUCCCCGGAGCACCGAAGCCUACAGAGGAGGCGAUAGAGGCUGAACAUCGGUUGGAGAAGCAAAUCGAGAAGAUCACAAGAGACGAGAUAGAGUCUAGCAAGGUGACUGACUAUGUGGAUCUGUUGAAGUGUCUGCAGAACAGAGACGACAUCGAGGGUCUUCCACCGGGUGGCGGCCUGCAGUCCAAGUAUCACGUUAUCGAGCGCACAUUCAAGCAGGAGUUUCCGGAUCGACCAUGUGAACUGUAUGCAUAUGAUGAUAUAUGAGUUUUGUAUUUGCUAACUGUUCAUUUUUAAAACCAAACAAACAACCAACCAACCAACCAACAAACCAACCAACCAACCAACAAGAGAGCAAAAGUUAAUUUAAAACCAUCCUCCUCUGCUUCACAUAAUGCUAAAUAGUCCAACGCAUUAGGUUCGCAGUCGAAAAAAGAAACACAAACAAAACAAUACAAACCAGUUAAAGAAAGCAGAAGAGCCACACGCAACAUGAACGAAGGAAACAAACUAAAAAUAACAAGAAAGAACACACACCAAACAGUUUUCUACUUUGAUAAAAACACAAAAGAAAAAACCUACUAAAUAAUGAUAAUAACAAAUAAGCAUUACAAUACAUUUCUAGUUUGUACGAAGCCUCAAGUCCUAAAACUCAAUAUACAAACAGACGCCACAACAACAACAACCAACAACUCACCACCAGAACACCACAGUACACCACAAUACACCACAGUACACCACAAUACACCACAGUACACCACAAUACACCACAACUCUAAGAUUAAUAAAGGAGAGAUCCAGAACAGAGCCGUACCUUUGUAAGCACAGAACUCAGAGAACCAGAACUGGAAUUGAAAUUAAAGUUGGAAUUGGCUCAAAGCCAGCAGCAGCACCACCACCACACCCAUCAGAUGAUUACUGCAACACUGAUCGAAGGUCCAAAAUGGACCGAAACCAUCGUCUAACCAUGUAAAUGUCCUACCUAACCCUCUGUGUGCACCAUUCGUUCCGUCAUCUCCUCAUCGAUCAUACAGAAAACUCUUCUCUUGACAACGUGAAGAGCGCGACACCAAUAUUUGGAAAGCAAAACGAUUUUUCGCGAUUUUCGUGUGUUUGAUGAACUUUAAUUUAAUAUUAUUUCAAAAUAUAAAACUGUAUUAACUAUAUUGAUUCCGAAACCAAGCGGAAGCGGAAGCAGAUUUCCUUGUAAGUUUGUAAAAUGUUUGUUACCCCGAAGAAGAAGCACACUUUUGUUCACCUUUUUUGUACAUGUGUGUGAGAGAUGGAGUGCGAAACUUAAUAAUUGUAAAGUAAACAAAAAAUGUUAAAAACAAAACAAAGUAAAAGAAUGCAAGAAAAGAAAGAAAAAAAAAUGGGAAAAGAAAAACCAAACAAGAACCUGUAACUAUCUACGAAGAGAGAAAGUAAUACCUAAAGAAAGCCUAAAGUAAGCAAAGCAAAUCCACAAUAAUGUCCGAGAUCUUAAAGAAA